UAGAGGGCGAUACAAGUGAUAUAACGGCCGAGAAGGGCUCCGCCACGACGCGACCGAGGUGCACUGGAACCCAUCGCGAGAAGGGCGCCGUCAGCGGCGGGCGGCGGGCGGCGGCGAUGAAGGGGAAGAGCCGGCCCCCUAUCCCCACCGUCGAGCUUAAGAGGGAUGCCUAUGGGUUUACGGUGCGGCCUCAGCACUUGCAGAGAUACCACGAGUACUCAAAAAUCUACAAGGAGGAGGAGGAAGAGAGAUCCAACCGAUGGAAGGACUUCUUGGACCGACUCGGGGAAACUGCUGAGGUGCCAUCGAGCAAUUCUUUGGUAGAUGAUGAAGGUCUUGCAGGAGCACCAGAUGUUGCAGGGGGAGAGGACAUUGAUCAGAAUGGGGCUAUCAGGUUUGAUGGCUCAGAGGAAGUUGCGACAGAGAAUACAGGGGAGGUGAAAACUCACAAAAUAAGCAUAUGGAGUCACAUAAGGUCAUCGUUGAGUGCCAUCGAGCAGAUGAUGAGCCAUCGAGUCAAGAAAAGGAGACCAUCUAGAGAUGGAGAAGAAGCUGGAAAUGGCCGAUCCUAUCAUGCUUUGGAUGAGGAGGAGAGCAGAGGUGUGCAUAAGCCAGUGAGAGGGGCACCGGAGGAGGAAUCAGAGGAAGAGUUUUACGAUGUCGAGAGACCGGAGCUGGUGCAAGAGGCAUCAUCAAGUUCGGAUUUGGCUUUGAAUGAUGUUCCUUGCUUCCCUUGGAAAGAAGAGUUGGAAAGCUUGGUUCGUGGGGGUGUGCCGAUGGCUUUGAGAGGAGAGUUGUGGCAAGCUUUUGUGGGCGUGAGAGCUCGUAGAAUUAAGGGGUAUUAUGAUAAUUUACUAUCUCCCGAAGCUGAAAGUGGCAAUGGAAAAGAACAUGAGUCCUCCAACAACACAGACGACAAUAACAAGAUGUCAAAAGCACCUGAAAGGUGCAGUCCAGAGAAAUGGAAGGGACAAAUUGAGAAGGAUUUGCCCCGAACAUUUCCAGGGCACCCUGCAUUGGAUGAGGAUGGAAGGAAUGCUUUGAGGCGUCUACUCACGGCUUAUGCUCGACAUAAUCCAUCUGUUGGAUACUGCCAGGCCAUGAACUUCUUUGCAGGCUUGUUAUUGCUGCUGAUGCCCGAGGAAAAUGCAUUUUGGACAUUAGUGGGUAUUAUCGAUGACUACUUUGAUGGAUACUAUUCUGAGGAAAUGAUUGAAUCUCAGGUGGACCAACUUGUUCUUGAGGAUCUAGUCCGUGAAAAGUUCCCAAAAUUGGUUAAUCAUCUCGAUUACCUGGGGGUGCAGGUUGCAUGGGUUACUGGACCUUGGUUCCUUUCGAUCUUUGUCAAUAUGCUUCCAUGGGAAAGUGUUCUUCGUGUUUGGGAUGUGCUUCUUUUUGGUGGAAAUCGUGUUAUGCUGUUCCGCACAGCACUUGCUUUGAUGGAGUUAUAUGGUCCUGCGCUGGUAACAGCAAAAGAUGCUGGAGAUGCAGUAACUUUGUUGCAGGCUCUUGCUGGUUCUACCUUCGAUAGCAGCCAACUUGUCUUGAUAGCUUGCAUGGGUUUUCAAACUGUAGAUGAAAUGAAUCUGGAGCAGUUGAGGAAAAGGCACAGGCCUGAAGUUAUCGCUGUCAUGGAGGAAAGGUCCAGAGGACUUCGUGCUUGGAAGGACUCCCAGGGCCUAGCAUCUAAAUUUUACAGGUUGAAGCAUGGUCCAGAAUCAUUACGCAUGGAAACCAACUCCACAGAUGGUCCAGCUGGUUUACAAGCCAAUGGGGAUUCGCCAUUAAAGUCUGAAUCAGCUGAGGGAUACUUCAGUAGCUUAACAGUUGAUGGCGAGUUGGAUUCUGUACCUGAUCUCAAAGAACAGGUGACAUUGUUGAAGGUUGAGUUAUGCAGAUUGCUGGAGGAGAAAAGAUCAGCUGUUCUCAGAUCUGAAGAGUUGGAGACAGCACUAAUGGAGAUGGUCAGACAGGACAACAGGCGCCUUCUAAGUGCCAGGGUUGAGCAGCUAGAAAAAGAGGUAUCUGAAUUACGACAAACUCUUGCAGAUAAACAAGAAGAAGAAAAUGCCAUGCUCCAGGUUUUAAUGAGGAUGGAGCAGGAACAGAAAGUGACAGAAGAUGCUCGCCUGUUAGCUGAGCAAAACGCUGCUGCUCAGAAAUAUGCAGCUUAUAUGCUUAAGGAAAAAUAUGAAGAGACAAUGGCUGCAAUUGCACAGAUGGAGAAAAGGGCUGUAAUGGCUGAGACAAUGCUGGAGGCGACAAUACAGUAUCAGUCAAAUCAGGUCAAAGCUCAAGAAUUGUCAUCACCAAGGAAAACUAGACCAUUUGGACUUGGCUGGCUCGACAAGAAAAAGGGCAAGCCGGAAGAGACCACAGAAGGUAAAAUGACGUCCGAUGUACUACCCCAGAAAACUCCCACCGAUGAUGUUAAUGGUCUUGAGCAAGUAGAUAAGUAGCAGAUAUGGAACUCUGCUUCAAUGUCACUUUUGUCUACUUCCCAAAGUCCGGUAUUUGUAUUGGCUGUAUUAUGUUAUUAUAGUACAGAGAAAUGGCCUUUCUGGGUAUUUUACCCCUCA